CUUGCCUCCAGAGAACUCCUUGUUGCAUGCAAUGUCGGGAUAUCCGGAGAGAUCAGAGACCUGGUCAAAAGAGCAGUUCUUCGGGCCUCUCCACGAUCAGUUUAAGCUGGGGAGACGCUUGGGCAAGGGAGGUCAGGCAACGGUCUACGAAUGCACUCGAACGCGGACGGAGAAGAAAUAUGCUGUUAAGGUAAUUGAGAUGAAAGCCUUGAACUUUCAGAAGAACGACGGCGAGCAAAACCUUCGGCGGGAGAUUCGGAACAUGGAGGAGCUCUUUCACCCGCGAAUCGUGAACCUGCUGACACACCUGUAUGAGGAGAACAGGUGUUGGCUGGUCAUGGAUCUUGCUCGCGGUGGGGACUUGCACAACAAGAUCUUCGAUGAGCUCAACAUUUCCAUCAAGAAAGGGGACGACCACUUUGCGGGUCUUGGGCAGUCCGAACUGGCCUCCAGACACGUGGCACAACAACUCUUGGAAGGCGUGGGCUACAUGCAUUCUUUUGGCAUUGUCCAUCGUGACAUGAAACUGGAGAAUGUGUUGAUCGUGCGAACCUAUGCGUACCCUGGACCUGCAGAGAAGAACUUCCCCAUACCAUCGGAGGUGCACGACGUCAAGAUCACCGACUUUGGGCUAUCUAAGAACAUGCACAGCACCCCGAUGCUAAGACGCGCUACAGCCGUGGGAUCGCCGGAUUUCGUGGCACCAGAGGUGCUAGUCGGCGUAUGUGAUCAGACUGGCGACUACUGGAGCUAUGGUGUGAUGAUCUACGCCAUGAUUUGUGGAGAGUGGCCCUUCACCAUCAGGAGCAAAGAUCUCGUCCCAGAGCGACACAAGGAGGUCGUUUCAUGCAUAAAGGCGACUCGAUCAUGGCAGCAUGCCUCAAAGGAGGUGCGAGCUUUGGUUGAGGGUCUACUGAAAAUCAACGCCUCGUCAAGGUUUACACACGUGGAAUGUACACACCAUCCGUGGUUUUCAAGCUGUUCAGCAGAGUGCUACAAGGUGGCGCUUGCGGAGGGUGUACCUCUCAAAGCCGGAGAGCCUCGAGGUGUAAUUCAGGAGAUCUGCGGCUGUACAGGCUAUGCUGUGGACAAUUUGCAGUUGAAACUUCGAAGUGGAACAACUUUGUCGUACGGAAGUGCUGGUGGCGACAUUCAGCAGAAUUGGAAGCUGAGGCCGGAUGAGAGGCUCACCGCGGUCUUGCAAGAGGAGCGACACGACUUUUUGGGCCUUUCCAUCAGUUUCCACACCUCGCGCGGGGAUGUGCUGGUGCUACAGGGAGCCGAAGCCCGUAAGCGGCGCACCUUCCUAGCGCCCAGUGGCAGUCAGAUUGUUGGACUCCAAUUCCAAGGGCAUCGUUUGAUCGGGAUCCACCUAGAGAAGAUCACCAUGGAGGAGCCCGGCCUGGUGGCAUCUCUGGGAGGUCGUGUGGGGCAUGCAGUGGACAAGGUCUGGUUCCAACUGCGCGAUGGUUCUCUCCGAGAGUAUGGCAACUCGGAGGGAGGAGUCGAUCAAGGGCCCUGGGCACUGGAGCAAGGGGAGCACAUCAAUGCUGUGGAGCAGUUGGUGCGGGAUGCAUUCCUGGGAACCUCACUGGCCUUCUACACCUCCGCCGGGAGCAUCUUUUGCCUGAAGGGAAUGGAGGCUUUUGGCUCCCGGCGCUUUACUUCGUUGCCAGGGCGACAGAUCUGCGGCUUGCAUUUCGAGGGCAGCAUGAUCUCUACAGUUGACACAUGCCCUGACGACGGAAUGGGGUUCCAAUUGCUGGCUACGGAGCCGAGCGGCCUAGCGGAUGGGCUGAGGAUGGAAACCUGAAUGCUAUCAAGACGCAUCGCCUAGUUCUGUGACGGUGAGUUUCAGAGGCCCUUCUUCAGGGCGACAACAAAAUCAUCC